CUAAGCGGCUUUAGCUUGUCACAGUUUCAUUAACGUUAAUUGCGAGCACCUUGCUGAACGAUAGUCCACAACAACAUUCAAGCAAAAACAAACAAUGUUGCAAAACUGAUAAUGAGUACCAUUUUAUAUUGUCCCAGUCCCAUGUAGAAACUGUAAAACUAUCGCAGAUGACUGUCUGCUGAUAGCAGUGAAGUGUAUAUUUUUAUACUUAGGUUCUAUGAGAGUCAAAGAUCUGUUUUAUUUUGGUGUAUUUAAGGUUGUAAACAGCAAGGAAAAGUGGAGCUGUCUUCCCCUACACAAAAAAUAUCAUUAUUGAUUAAUAUUUCUACGACUCUUUUAUUUUAUUUUAAUUCUUCAUUUUUGUGCCUUCUUUCUUGUUGCUAACGCAGUUGGAUUACUUGAUUAAAAUAACAACAGAUAACAUACAUAAUAUAUAUAUAUAUAUAUAUAUAUAUAUAUAUACACACACUAUCCAUUACCGCCACCGACACGUACUUACAUACAUUCAUGUAAACACGCACAUAACUUCUUUGGAUCCUAAUGUAAGAUAUUGUGUGCGUGUAUAUAUAUAUAUAUAUAUAUAUAUAUAUAUAUAUAUAUAUAUAUAUAUAUAUAUACACGUACAUACAUACAUACAUACAUACAUACACACACAUACUCGUACAUUUUGUGUAUCUGAUACUUUAUCCCCUACCUUUCUUUGCGAUCUGUACCGGGACUACCAACAUUUCAACUAUGUUAUCUGCUAACCCAACUCACUUCCCGGGACUUCAUCUUACUUUUAAACACUUUAAAUAAACAAACAGAAACGAAAGGAAACACGCACACACAAACACGUUAUUAUAUAUAUAUAUAUAUAUAUAUAUAUAUACACGUAUGUAUAUGGAAUUUCAAUCUCAUGUGUAUAUAUAUAUAUAUAUAAAAUGUUUCUGUAUGUAAACAAAUGAAAUAAGCAGCUUUUGGUGGCAGCAUAAUAAUAUAAAAGAACUGACUACAUUAUUAUUUAUUCUGAUUUCGUUGCCAUUCUGACACCGUCCAAACAGGAAAGACCGAAAGAAGAAAAAAAAUCUACUCAUGUCUGGAAAUGUCACUCGAUUUCUUGUCUCCUUCAUCGGAUAUUACACUGGAUAAUUAUCUACAUGCACACAUAUAACUUAAUACACACGCACACAUAAUUAUGCGCAUAUAUAUGUAUGUAUACGUGUUUAAAUUAUAGCUUAUAUAUAUAUUUUUAACUAUCUUUUACACACAUACAAAUAGACAUACAUCCAUACAUACGUACAAACAUAUAAGCAUACGUACGUACGUACAUACAUACAUUUAUGCGUACAUAAACACAUGCACAAUGAAUAAGCGAACUGCUUUGAUAUUCUAAAGGAGUAUAUUAUAUUUGCUUUCUGAUAAUGAAAACCAAAAGAAAAAUAAUUGUGAUGAUGAUGAUAGUGGUUAAAGCAUACGACAUCUGAUGAUGUUCGGAUCCCUAAGGCCAGCUUGCUCUAUACUUUCUACAAGAACACACACAUUAAAUAGACCAUCAUUACAAACAUUAUCAUCUUCAUCAUCAGUGACAGCAGAAACUUCAUAUUUUACAUUCUGAAGGGACAUAUUACCUGAUUGAAAAAGAAACAAAGCAACAUGCAAAAAGAAAAAGGCAAAGAAAUAUACAUCCAAUUUACACAUGAUUGUAAUUAACAACUACAAUAAUUAUAAACUGCGAGAAAACAAAAAGAACGUUUGUGAAAGUUAUAUAAUCCCUGCUUCGAUGUUCGGGAAGAAAACACGAUUAAAAGGCAUUUUGGUUUGCAGUAGCAACCGUCUAAAGAAAGAAAACGGAGGUGUAUACGAAAAAUAGUUUAAUAUCCAGCCAAAUCUAACUUAAUGAAGAUGCUACCAUGUAGUUACACGAAGGGAGGAGAAUUUGGACAGCGAGAGCUGUUGGAAGCGAUCUCCUACGAUGAUGUGGACAAAGUCCGAAGAUAUAUCAAAGAAAAGAAUGUCUGUCCAUGUUUUGUCCUGGAAGGCUACAGUCCUAUAUGUGUGGCUUCCGAACGAGGUAAUAUUGAUGUCUUAAAUAUGCUUAUUGAGGCUAACUGUGAUUUGGCCCAACCUGACUUUACAGACCACAUUUGGUUUCGGCGACCUAUCCAUAUCGCCGCUGCCAAGGGUCACUUGAACUAUGUCCAGGCCCUUUUAAAAGUCGGUGUCGAUGUCGACUGUCGAGACGGUGAUGAGAAGACGGCACUGCACUGGGCUUCGACUCAUGGACAUGUUCAAAUUGCGGAAUAUUUGAUCAGAAUGGGGGCCAGUGUGAACAUAGCUCAGAUGGACCGUUUUACACCGCUCCAUGCUGCUACGUGCCUGGGACAUUUGGAUAUUUGUGAACUGCUUAUUCGGUAUGGUGCCAAAGUCGAUAUGGUCGACAGAGACGGGUGGGCACCUAUACACACGUCAACAUGUUACGGUUACAUAAAGGUUGUGGAAAUGUUGAUUCGAGUGAGUGCCGAUAUUAAUCGAACUACAAACGAUAACGAAACGGCUCUUCACAUAGCGGCUAGCUGCGGACAUUUACACAUAGUGAAACUCUUAGUUAGCUGUGGAAUCGAUGUAGAGGGACAAACCCUUCACGGUUUCACUGCAUUCCAUCUGGCUGUUUAUCACAAUAGGUAUGAAGUGGCUAAAUAUUUAAUUACCGAAAAUGUUAAACUUAACACAGCCAACAACGCAGGACAUUCACCGCUAUACACUGCCACAUUGAGGGCAGAUUCGAAAAUGAUCAAAUUACUUGUACAUUCUGGUUACAAUGUAAACUCUGAGAGUUGGUUGCGGUUAAAGAACCCUCCCUUUCGGGUCAGUCCUCAUGAGGAAGUUAUGCUAUGGCUUUUGGAACUGGUUGGUAACCCUAAGUCUCUCACCGAUAUAUGUGCCCUCACUAUUCGCCAACAACUAGGAAGGCGAUUGGACAAGGUGAACGAUUUAAAUCUUCCAACGCAAUUAAAAGAGUUGAUUUCAUUUGACUUCUUAAGGUAGCUUAAAAAAAAAAAAAUGAUAAUAAUGUGUAUUUAUAUUGUGUUGAUAUGACUGUUAUAUGUAUAUGUUUUUGUGUAUAAUUUAGAUAAAAGCUAUAGGUUGAAUUCUGAAAAAGAAAAAAAAAAUCAUGGAAAAUAUUCAUUUAAUUAUUUUCUUUUUGGUCUCUCAUUCAUAUAAAAUUUGUUACUCCUUAAAAUUAUUUUUGGUAUUUUUUAUCAAAAUUUUUCAUUGUUUUUCAAAGAAGUUUUACUUCAGCAGCUGUCUUCUAAAAAGAAAAAGAAAAAUUAUAAUAAUAAUGAUAAUAAGAAUAACAACAAUAAAACAUUUGCUAAUUUUUA